GAGUCCCCACGCACUCCCAUAUGCCUCUGAGUGGAUUCCCACCGCAUUCGGACCCAUUGUCUUGCCUGCGCCGUUACACUGUCAAGACAGGAGGAACGCUUGACGAAAGCUGCUACAUAGUACGAGCAAUAAGCUCGAACAGUAUGUUGCAGCAUUUUGCAGCAUGUUACAGCAUUUUGCAGCAUUUUGCAGCAAAUUGCAGCAUGUUGCAAGCUGGUCGCGCAUAGGGCAAGUGCGCGAGGGACUCGGAUCGGCAAAACAAAAAGCCGAGCAACACGAGUAGAGCAGAAAAAGGAUCGAUAAAUCAAUACAAUCA